GCAUUGACUCCAUCGCCGCGUCUUACGCUUUCCUCGUUCCUUACACGCCGCCGCCAUGUCCAACGCCGAGCGGGGCGAGCGCGAAUACAAACCCUUCGAUGAAGAGGCCGGCAUGGAGCACCAGUCGCUCCUUCCCUCCUCCCCCAAGCCCGAUGCCGCUGCCGAAGAGAGGGGCGCCUCCAAGCCACGGAAGUUCCUCAGCUCGCGAUUUAGCCUCCUGCAUCUUAGCGUCGCUUUCGCUGCCGGUAUACUAGCGUGUGCGGCGGGGCAGUACGCGCUCUGUGGACAGCAGCAGCAUGCGCCUGCUGGGGACACGGCUGGCGCGCUCGCUGCGCCGUGGGCUGGCUCCACAGAGGUGCACGGGUUCCCGCCAACGAAGCCCACUAAUGCCGUCCCAACACUCUUUCCCUCCGACGUAGGGUACGCGGGUGGAACACCGACCGGUGCUGAGCCUGCUGUGCUCGCCACCGCGCCUGCCAUCCCCUUUCACAAGGGUACCCCGAACCUCGUCCAUGCCGAGGUGAAGGAAGCGAGCAAAUCCUUCAACAUGUUCCGCUCCUGGGGCAACCUCUCCCCGUGGUACAGUGUGCCGCGGGGCACCUUUGGCUUGGACUCAGGCCCUGAAGUCCCAGAGUCGUGCAGGAUCACAGAGGCACACAUCCUUCACCGUCAUGGCGCCAGAUAUCCCACUGCCUGGGCUUCGUACGGUGGUCCCGCGAACUUCUCCGGCCGUCUGCACGACGUCGCAGACAAAUGGAAUACGAGCGGCGACCUCGAGUUCAUGAAUGAAUGGACGUACAAGCUCGGCGAGGAGAUCCUCACCCCCUUCGGGAGGCAGCAGCUCUACGACCUGGGCGUGCAGAUGCGCAUGCGCUACGGCUUCCUCCUCAAGAACUUCACGGAGACCAACACUAUACCGGUCUUCCGUACAGAGUCGCAGGACCGCAUGCUCGCUUCCGCGAUGAACUUUGCGAUUGGGUUCUUUGGGUGGCCGACGGAUGGGCAGUACCAGCAAAGUAUCACUAUUGAGGCUGAUGGGUUCAACAACACCCUCGCGCCCUACAAGACCUGCCCGAACGCGGGCGACCGCCGCAAGUCGGACCGGGGCACGCAGUACGUGGAGGAGUGGGCGGACAUCUACCUCAAGGACGCGCGGGCGCGCCUCGCGGCGCAGUUCCAUGGGUAUGACUUGACUAUCGAGGACACGUACGUGUUGCAGCAGAUGUGUGCUUAUGAGACCGUCGCCCUCGGCUAUUCCAAGUUCUGCGAGCUCUUUACGGAGGAAGAGUGGGAAGGGUUCGACUACGCGCUCGAUCUUGGCUUCUGGUACAACUCCGCCUUCGGCUCCCCCGUCGCGCGCGUGCAGGGCAUCGGCUACGUGCAGGAGCUCGUCGCGCGGCUGACGCACACGCCCAUCGCGACGCACAACUCGUCCACGAACGCGACCCUGAACGACAACCCGGUGACGUUCCCGCUCAACGACAGUCUGUAUGUGGACGCGACGCAUGAGGUGGUCGUGCUUAAUGUGCUUACCGCGCUGAACCUGUCCUCCUUGGCCGCGGACGGACCGCUACCAUCGGACCACAUACCUAAGGAUAGGAAGUUCAGGGUCAGCGAACUUGCGCCGUUCGCCACAAAUGUGCAGUUCCAGCUUCUCGACUGCGCUGACCUCGACGACCGUCAAAUUCGCAUUAUCGUCAACGACGGCGCUGUUCCGCUCGUCGGUAUCGAGGGCUGCCCGGAGCAGAAGGACGGCAUGUGCUCGGUCGAUACCUUCGUCGCCGCGCAGAAGAAGAUCAUCGCGGAGACGGACUGGAACUACGACUGCUAUGAGAACUGGACCGUCCCGCCGGGCGCUGAGUGGAAUACGACAACGGGGGAUGCGCCGCGGUGGUAAUGGCAGGUUCUGAUUGUGGUCAGGCGCAUAGUACAGUAUACUUAGUCCAAUACCCUAUGGAGGACUUGCAUAAGUAGGAGGAGAGAAUCGGCUCAGAUGUACACUUUGGCAAAUUUUCAACAGAAACACUCGUUUUACAAG